AUGUUUACCUUCAUCCAAUUUAUAUUUAUUUCAUUUAUUUUCAUUGCUUUACAAGUUUCAACUCAAAAUCAAUUCAAAGAAUCAAUAAAAUGUUUUCUACGAUAUGAACAUUUACAACAUACAAGUCAGACAUUAAACAAAACAUUGACUUAUACAUAUCAUCAAUCUGAACUUACUAUAUAUAGAACUGAAGAAAAUAAAUUAUGUUCAAAAGUUGGUUGUGCUUGUUUCAGUUAUAGAAGUGUUUGUUCUCAUUCAUCACGAGGAUUGAAUCAUCGUGCAGAAUGUACUAAUGAUGAUAAACAGAAUGGUAUAAUUCAAUGGCAUCGCGGAUGGACAUCACAAGCUAAAUGUGAACAAAUGCGACAAAAACCCAAAAUAUAUCUCAAUUUGACAUGUUGUCAUACGGAUCAAUGCAAUAAUCAACCAGGAAUAAUUGUAAACAUUGUUGAUAGACAUACACCAUUGCAAAUACAAAAUACUGAUGAUGAUGAUCAAACUCCAUCAUCUUUGUUUAUUACACAUAAGCCACCACAACAGUACAACAAUUACGAUCACCAAUCUUCACCACUGUUAUCUAUCUCGCAUAAGCCAUCACAAUGGAAUAACAAUUAUGUACAUCAUUCACCUACAUUUCAUUUGCCUGAUAAUAACAAGCCAUCGCAAGUGUAUGAUAAUCAUGUACACCAUUUAACUAUAACUCGUUUGCCUGACACAAACAAACCAUCACCAGUGUAUGACAGUCAUGUACGCCAUUCAAUGACACCACGUUUACCUGUCAGUAAUAAGUCAUUGCAACGAAAUCACAGUUACGUACUCAAUUCAAGUACAUCACGAUUACCUACUACUCAUCAAUCGACUCCAGCUUAUAAGGAAUCUUUACCACAAAAUAAUACAAUUGUGUCUAGUUCACUUUCAAGUUGGAUGUUUUUCUUUUCUCUUGUUUUUUACUUCUGUUUUAUGAUACAAUUGUACUAA